AUGUCCCAAUCUACCCGUGUUGUCAACUUGUACUCAAAAGCCGACUUAAACGCUUUGCUUGGGAAUAGUUCGGGUGAUUGGACCGUUCAUCUACCUCCUCCAUCUCUCGAACGUCGUGUACCCUCAACCAAGCCGAUCUGCCUGACCGAAGACGCUUCGAAAUUCCAUUUGGACAUGUCAUUCAACCGGGAUGGACCUAAAAGAGAUCAGCACCAUCGGUUUACUGAUUCGAUUGGGCCCAAGACGUUACCUGGCUUGGUUGAAGGUCCGCGAUUGAUCACUUCAGAUAUCUCGGAGGAUGCCAAUCGAACGGAAUGGAGAAGUUAUUUGGGAAGAUGGUCGUUUCCUUUACGAACAGAUCCACCACGUGGUUUAACUUGGGGUCCUUACUAUGAUCCGACAGAUCUCUCAUUAAAACGUUUAGCUGAAGAGAAUGUUUAUUCAGAAGAACCAAAACGUAGAAGGAUAAUUACGAUUUUAAGAUUACCUGAAGUUCAACCUAGGAUUGUGAUCAAGUUAAGGAUUAAUAAGAAAUCGAUUAAAAAAGAAAUUCAAAUCAAUCAAGAUCAAGAAAUUGUAAAGUCUACUUUAGGUUCACGGAAACGAGAUCUUAGUAGUCAAACAUCAAGACUGAUUGAUGACUUCCUUCAAAGCCAAUCAAAACGUCGACAUUUAUGGUGGCAGUGGUGCUUUAAGUGCUCAUUCGAAAGAACUUGUGAAUGUUUUGAUUUCUCCUUCUCAAGAACUCAACUUUAUUAA